AUGGUGGGCCCCAAUGGCAAUGAAUCCAGUGCCACAUAUUUCAUCCUAAUAGGCCUCCCAGGCUUGGAAGAUGCUCAGUUCUGGUUGGCUUUCCCAUUGUGCUCACUCUACCUAAUUGCUGUGCUAGGUAACUUGAUGAUCAUCUACAUUGUGCGAACAGAGCACAGCCUACAUGAGCCCAUGUACAUUUUUCUUUGUAUGCUUUCUGGCCUUGACAUCCUCAUUUCCACCUCAUCCAUGCCUAAAAUGAUGGCCAUCUUCUGGUUCAAUUCCACUACCAUCCAGUUUGAUGCUUGUCUGGUACAGAUGUUUGCCAUCCAUUCCUUAUCUGGCAUGGAGUCCACCGUGCUGUUGGCCAUGGCUUUUGAUCGCUAUGUGGCCAUCUGCCACCCUCUACGCCAUGCCACUGUGCUUACGUUGCCUCGUGUUGCCAAGAUUGGCAUGGCUGCUGUGGUACGGGGUGCUGCAUUAAUGGCACCUCUACCUGUCUUCAUCAAACGACUGCCCUUCUGCCACUCCAAUAUCCUUUCUCAUUCUUAUUGCCUACACCAAGAUGUCAUGAAGCUAGCCUGUGCUGAUAUCCGCGUCAAUGUCAUCUAUGGCCUCAUUGUCAUCAUCUCUGCCAUUGGCCUGGACUCACUUCUCAUUUCUUUCUCAUACCUGCUUAUCCUUAAAACUGUGUUGGGCUUGACACGUGAAGCCCAGGCAAAGGCAUUUAGCACUUGUGUUUCUCACGUGUGUGCUGUUUUCAUAUUCUAUGUGCCUUUCAUUGGAUUGUCAAUGGUGCACCGUUUUAAGCGACGUGACUCUCUCUUGCCUGUCAUUAUGGCCAACAUCUAUUUGCUGGUCCUCCUGUGCUCAACCCCAUUGUCUUAUGGAGUGAAGACAAAGGAGAUCCGGCAGCGCAUCCUCCGCCUUUUCCACGUGACCACAUAUACUUCAGAUCCCUAG